AUGGCGGAGCAUCGAAUGGACGAACUUAGGAACCACGGCCGGUCAACGUCCGGUAAGCCUUACAAGAGCUCUCACCCCCGCCGUCUACACCCGAGAGUCCCUCAGGUGUCAAGCAACGUCUAUAGGACCUUAGAUAAUGAUGCUGGGGAGUUUUCAGGCCAUGACAUUGUUCCUAAUUGUUGGCGCGGGUCUUCUAGCAAUACCUAUGCUUCGAAUGUGCAGGUUAGCGAUAUAGCUGGGGGUCAGUUAACCGCAACCAGCAUCGAUUUUUUAACUCGAGCCGAAAAUGGGAGCCUUACUCCAUAUCCCUCUAUCGACACUCAUGCAGUCUUCUCUGCGUCGAUUCCCGAAGAAGGCGACGCCGACGCUGUAGCGCACAAAACAACCCUUGAUCUCUGUCCACUAGGGGGAUCAUCCCACCACCAUUCGAGUCCAGGUGUACCGUUCCUAUACCCAACAAGCAACACGAGCGCCACCACUAGCAUCAGCGAUGUCUGGCGUGGAUCGUAUCAAACGGAUCCAUACUUAACGAGCGCUUAUAUGGACUCAAACUCCAUUUCCAGCAACGCGGAUCCGUACAGCCAGUCAAAGCCCCAGACUGGCAAUCCAGCCCUAGACAGGUAUGGGGCAACCGUAACAUAUUCGCCGCCAGCGUUAGACAUAGCGGACAACCACGGCGAUACGACAUGGACGGAUAGCGUAUCCAGUCAGUCACAAGGCCCAUACACUCAUUAUGAAAAGACUCAACCGGAGUCUAAUGACUCCGGCGAUCCCCCAUCUGCGCGACGUUGGUCUACCGAGAACAACCAAGGUUCUAUCGUUUGGGACUCGGCCAGUCAGGCCACGCAAGAGGAUGAUGCAACGAGACAGUAUGAGGAUGGGACAGGCUUCGAAGACAAUGAAAUUCAGGGAAAUGUCAUUAGAGGUUAUAUGAACGGCGAAGGACCAUGGGCUUAUGGGUACAACAUGUCGUCUGGAUAA